AGGGGGCGGGGCCGCCGCGCAGGAUUCCCGGAGCCGCCGCCGCCGCUGCUGCCGUUACUGCCGCUGCGUCUUGUCGGCUGCCGCCGUUCGCGGGCAUCGAGCCACCGCCUCUCUCCUCGCCCGGCUCCUGUGCGAGAGGAUGUGCCAGAGCCCAGCAGUGUAAGACUGGAAAGAUCUGGGCUGAAUGGACUUUAGCAUCAAAAGAAGUUCUCCUCUGUUAACUCGAAAAAUUGCUAACCACAUCAAAAUGAAGCAGGUACCAGAGAUCCUUGGAAAUGCCAAUGGGAAAACACAGAAUUGUGAAGUGAAUCGUGAGUGUUCUGUCUACUUAGGCAAAGCACAACUUUCUGCCACUCUACAGGAGGGUGUCAUGCAAAAAUAUAAUGGCCAUGAUGCCCUUCCAUUUAUUCCAGCCAAUAAAUUGAAAGAUCUAACUUCUCGUGUGUUUAAUGGUGAGUCCGGGGCACAAGAUGCCAAGCUGCACUUUGAUCCCCAGGAGAUAAAAGGAGUUGGAACACCACCCAACACUACUCCUAUCAAGAAUGGCUCUCCAGAGAUUAAGCUGAAAAUCACUAAAACCUACAUGAAUGGAAAGCCUCUUUUUGAAUCUUCCAUUUGUGGAGACAGUGGAGCAGCUGUGUCCCAGUCAGAGGAAAAUGAACAAAAACCAGCAAACAAGGAGAGGAGAAAUAGAAAAAGAAGCAUAAAAUAUGACUCCUUACUUGAGCAGGGUCUUGUUGAAGCAGCGUUAGUAUCAAAGACUUCAAACCCCUCUGAAAAGAAGACUCCUGCUAAGAAAGAUUCAACUCCAAGUACUGUGAAAGAAGACAAAAUCCAUGUGUUGAAGUACAAUAUAGGGGAUUUAGUGUGGUCUAAAGUGUCUGGUUACCCCUGGUGGCCAUGCAUGGUUUCAGCUGAUCCUCUUCUUCAUUCCUACACUAAACUAAAAGGACAAAAAAAGAGUUUUCGUCAGUAUCAUGUACAGUUUUUUGGCGAUGCCCCAGAACGAGCUUGGAUAUUUGAGAAGAGCCUUGUGUCAUUCAAAGGAGAAGAACAGUUUGAACAAUUAUGCCAGGAAAGUGCAAAACAAGCCCUCAUUAAAGCUGAGAAAAUAAAGAUGUUAAAGCCUGUUUCUGGGAAACUACGGCCUCAGUGGGAGAUGGGCAUUAAGCAAGCCACUGAAGCACUAGGCAUGACAGUGGAAGAACGGAAAGCCAAGUUCACCUUUAUCUACAUUAGGGACAGACCUCAUCUUAAUCCUCGAGUGGCAAAGGAGGCUGGUAUUGCUGUGGAACCAUUAGAGGAAAUAGAUGAGUCAUCUUACUCGAACGAAGAAACCACUCAAAGUCUGAAAUUGAUGAAGGAGUCUGGCAUUCCUAGCAAGAGAAGGAGGAGGACAUCAAAAUUGCUUGCGACUAAUGACACAAAAGAAAGUGGUCAGUCAGGGACUAAGAAUACUACCCCCCAAAAGGCAUUUGAACAAGGAGAAGCUAAAAGAGGGAUAGGCUCUCCCAUCAGUAGAAAGAAAGCUGCAGCAUCCACUCCACGAAGCAGAAAGGGAGAUGCAGUGUCUCAGUUUUUGGUCUUUUGUCAGAAGCACAGAGAUGAGGUGGUUGCUGAACAUCCAGAUGCUUCACGUGAGGAGAUUGAAGAACUGCUUGAAUCGCAGUGGAACAUGCUUAGUGAAAAACAGAAAGCUCGCUAUAACACAAAGUUUGCCAUAGUGACCUCUCCCAAAUCUGAAGAAGACUCUGGUUCAUCAUUGAAGAAUAUUGGAGAGGCCAAACGUAAAGUGUUUCAAGACUCACCUAAAAGGAGAUCAAGAUCCAGAAGUAACUUACAUGGAAAUAAAAGAAACCAAAAAAAGAGGACAAAGGAACCUUCAGAAGAUUUUGAAGUUCAGGAAGCACCUAGGAAAAGACUCAGGAUGGAUAAACAGAAUAAUCGGAAGAGGGAGACAAGCAAUGACAAAACAGCAAAAACAAAGGUCACAGAAACCUUCUCUUCACAAAAGAACCAGUCAGCAACGAAAAAUCUGUCUGAUGCAUGUAAACCACUGAAGAAGCGAAAUCGGGCUUCAGCAGCAGAAUCUUCAACUCUUGCUUUUAGCAAGAGUUCAUCUCCUUCAGCUUCCUUAACUGAGAAUGAGAUCUCGGAUGGUCAAGGAGAUGAGCGAUCAGAGUCGCCCUAUGAAAGUGCAGAUGAGACUCAGACAGAAGCAUCUAUAUCAUCCAAAAAAUCUGAGCGAGGAGCAGCAGCAAAAAAAGAAUAUGUGUGUCAGCUAUGUGAAAAACCAGGUGAUCUCCUGCUGUGUGAAGGCCUAUGCUUUGGAGCUUUUCAUGUAAGCUGCCUUGGGCUCCCUGGAAGACCAGCAGGAAAAUUCAUUUGUCGUGAAUGUACAUCAGGUGUUCACACGUGUUUUGUGUGUAAGGAGAGAAAGGCAGAUGUGAAGCGCUGUAUUGUAUCCCAGUGUGGUAAAUUCUACCAUGAGGCUUGUGUGAGAAAAUUUCAUCUUACUGUGUUUGAGAACAGAGGUUUUCGAUGUCCUUUCCACAGCUGUGUAAGCUGUCAUGUUACUAAUCCCUCAAAUCCAAGAAUAUCAAAAGGCAAAAUGAUGCGGUGUAUUCGCUGUCCUGUCGCUUACCAUGCUGGAGAUGUUUGCAUUGCUGCAGGGUGUGCAGUGAUCACUUCCAACAGCAUUGUUUGUACCAAUCAUUUCACUGCCAUGAAAGGAAAAAGUCAUCAUGCGCACAUCAAUGUGAGCUGGUGCUUUGUGUGCUCAAAAGGAGGAAGCCUUUUGUGCUGUGAGUCAUGUCCUGCAGCAUUUCACCCAGACUGUUUAAAUAUUGAAAUGCCAGAUGGUAGCUGGUACUGCAAUGACUGUAGGGCUGGAAAGAAACUCCGUUUCCAGGAUAUCAUUUGGGUCAAACUUGGAAAUUACAGAUGGUGGCCUGCAGAAGUUUGCCAUCCAAAAAAUGUUCCCCCAAAUAUCCAGAAAAUGAAGCAUGAAAUUGGAGAAUUUCCAGUUUUUUUCUUUGGGUCUAAGGAUUAUUAUUGGACACAUCAAGCUCGUGUGUUUCCAUAUAUGGAAGGAGACAGAGGAAGUAGAUACCAAGGAAUUAAAGGAAUUGGGAAAGUCUUCAAAACUGCCUUGCAAGAAGCUGAAUCUCGAUUUCGAGAAAUAAAACUUCAGCGAGAAGCCAAAGAAACCCAAGAAAAUGAACGUAAACCUCCACCAUACAAACACAUAAAGGUGAACAAACCUUGUGGUAAAGUUCAGAUUUAUACUGCUGACAUUUCUGAGAUUCCCAAGUGCAACUGCAAACCCUCAGAUGAAAACCCUUGUGGUUUUGAUUCUGAGUGUCUAAACCGGAUGCUAAUGUAUGAAUGUCAUCCACAAGUUUGUCCAGCUGGAGAACGCUGCCAAAAUCAGUGCUUUACCAAACGUCAUUAUCCUGAGACAAAGAUCAUCAAAACUGAUGGCAAAGGGUGGGGUCUGGUCGCUAAGAGGGACAUAAAAAAGGGAGAGUUUGUGAAUGAAUAUGUUGGUGAACUAAUUGAUGAAGAGGAGUGUAGGGCAAGAAUCAAAUAUGCCCAUGAAAAUGAUAUCACUCACUUCUAUAUGCUCACUAUUGAUAAGGACCGUAUUAUUGAUGCUGGCCCCAAAGGAAACUAUUCUCGUUUUAUGAAUCACAGCUGCCAACCAAAUUGUGAGACUCUAAAAUGGACAGUGAAUGGAGACACUCGUGUAGGCCUGUUUGCUGUGUGUGAUAUUCCUGCAGGGAAAGAGCUGACUUUUAACUACAACCUUGACUGUCUGGGCAAUGAAAAAACUGUCUGUAAAUGUGGUGCCCCAAACUGCAGUGGAUUUCUUGGGGAUAGACCAAAGAAUUCUUCCACUAAUUCUUCAGAGGAAAAAGGCAAAAAGACCAAAAAAAGAACUCGGAGGCGUAAAACAAAAAGUGAGGGAAAGAAAGAGUCUGAAGAUGACUGUUUCCGUUGUGGGGAUGGAGGUCAACUUGUAUUGUGUGACAGGAAAUCUUGUACUAAGGCAUACCAUCUCUCCUGUCUUGACUUGGUGAAACGUCCUUUUGGAAAGUGGGAGUGUCCUUGGCACCACUGUGAUGUUUGUGGCAAGCCUUCUGUUUCUUUUUGCCACAUCUGCCCAAAUUCUUUCUGCAAGGAACAUGAAGAUGGGACAGUACUAAAUUCUACAUUAGAUGGACAGUUAUGCUGCUCUGAACAUGUUCUUGGGGUAGAUUCUGUUGAAAAUCAGAAGACUGAGAAACCCCCCCAAAAAUUGACCAAGUUGAAGCCUAAGAGAAAGCGAAGAAACAGAUGGAUGAGAGCUGAAUGCAAAUAAUAAUGAACUGCAGUUUCUACUGCCAACACUAUCUUGUAGAUAAGUUGUGAAUAAGGCCAGGGAAGGACACAAUUUUACAUAUAUCCUGUAAAGGUUACAUUUAGGUGAAAAGCAUUUUUUAAUCCACUGAGCCAACCACAGCAGUCUUCUGCUGCAUCUGCACUGAUAACGAACUAUGGCAUACAUAGUUCAGAAAUUUUUUCAGGACAAACCAAACUUAUUACUCAGCAUUACAGCUACACUUGAAUUUUACAAAUGUAAAAGGUUCCCUCCAAUGUUUUUCCGUUUGGAGGUAAAUUAAAAUCAAGGUAGGCAUAUAAACAUAGUUCUUGAGAUAGUAUUUGCCAUCCAACAGAUGUUUAAAAUAGUGUAUCCUUGAAAGAUGUUGUUAGUUCUCAAGUUAUUUUAAAUAAGAAAUGGCUUGGUAUGCAGUCCAAAUGAGAUCUGCUUGCUUUGUAUUCAUUGUGGAGGAAGAGCUUGAGUGCCAUGCACAACCCAGGUGCAUAUCUCAGUAUAACCACAGACUUUACAAUUUGUUCUUGCUCUUACAAAAUGGCUGUCUAAUUGUUCUUAAAUAAAAAAUAAUUGGUUUUAAAUAUCCUUCCACCAAGAAAUACAGUGCAUGGUGGAAAGAAGCACACUGUACUAGCAAGGGGAAACCUUGCAAGAGAAUUUUUAUUCUAUGCUCUUUUUUCCUCCCCCCUAUUUAAUUUCAGCUAAAUAGAAAUACACUUGAUCUUGCAGCACUAUACAAAGUCCAGACUUAAAUGAUAUUGUCUUGCAAUCAAGCCCCAAUAUUUAGGAUAUUUGUUUUUUAAUUUUAAAAAAUCUGUUUUUUUCCGCAAAUUCGGUGGCCUUUUUUUGUUCAGAGGCAAGCAUUUCUCCGCAGUUUGCAGUCCAAACAUUGCAUCAUGUUAGUGCAAAAAAACAAAAUAUGAAACUGAAUAGUCAAUUUAAUGAAAAAAGCCAGAAGAAAUUAUUUAAAAGUAAAAUAGAUUUUAAACUAACACAAAUGACAUAAUUAAAUAUAAAAUGUAACUUGAUUAUGUCCCUUUUUCAACAGCUUUUAUGAAAAAUGACUACUUGACUCAGAUAGGGCAUACUACUUGAAGUCAUUCCUUACUGGCUUAGGAGUUCACCACCUGGCUUUUUACCACCACUCCAUUAUUUCAGCAAAGCUGUUUCAAUUUUUUGACUCCCAUAAGCUUUUCAAAAUUACAGUAUACAUGCAUACAAUAUUUAGGCUAAAUGGAAAUAAUUAUAGAAUUAGGGGGAAAAGGUAAAUAAAAAUAUCUGAAAUUUUACCUACUAUUCGAUGCUAUUUUUGUAUAAUUGCAAUAUGGUUAGGCAACGUUACAAACAAGUUUUGACUUGUGCAAUCAUAACUCAGCCCACAUAAAUGCAAUGUACACUCUUAUGCCCAUUUAAUAAUUUUGAUAUGUUCUAGCUUAGUUUGCCUUUAAUAGUGCGGAACCUCUGUGUAGCUCCUCUUUAAUGAAGCAUAGCUAUAUCAUAAAAAUGUAUAUUUUUUCAAAAUAUUUUUUCAGGGCUUGAUUGCAGAUCUAGCUUUAAUUAUUGGACUCUACAGCUGUUCCCCAUAUAUGAAAACUUUGUGACUGUCAUUUUAUUAGAAAAUUUUAAUUGAAACAAUUCUAAAAUGUAUCUUUACCCCAUGGUGAAAUCUGAAAUCUUUUUAUUUUUGUUUUGUAACUGAGCAACUGCUUUACUCUUUUUGUUUUGUUGUUUUAUCAAAAUUUAUAAACACUGUUGGAAGGUUAAUUCUUCCUUUUUCAACUAAUCCUUUGCUUGAAGUAACACAUUUCAAUGUAGGGAAAAGUGUUACAUUAGUGGUUAUGAGAUUUUUACUUCACUUUUAGCAAAUCAAUAUACAAAGACUUGCACAUGAUGUAAAAAUUGAAGGUUUCUCAAAUGUGUUUGUGGGGAAUGUUCUUUCUUCAGAGGUCCUUUCUUAUACUGCCAAGGCUGAAGCAUAGACAGGUACCUAAACUGAAAACCAAAAAGGUAUGCUGUAUAUUCUUUCAGAAUGGGGAAGGGAAGUUAGAUAUAUUUUGAAGGGAGGGAAGGGGGAGGAGAGGGGAGGGAGCAAAAGCAAAAAUGAAGGAAUUUGGUGUAAUAAGAAUGAAUAUUUCAAUAUUUGUUUCUUUGGAUAAAAUAACCUCUGAGGAAAGGUUUAUAAGAAUACUUUUUAAAUAAGUUAUUAUAAAACUUACCUUGAAUUCUAGUGCUUUAAAUUUUUUAUAUUGUUCAUAGGUUUGUAGCUUUGUAUCACCUCAUUGCUGUACUAGUUCCAGUGUGUUGGAAUAGUUGUGGAGAUAUCCCCAUCACAGAAACCACCAUCACCACUGUUAUUAAUUGGCACCAUUGCAGAAACCAAAAACCGAAUGAUUGUGGAAUCUGCCAAUUUACCUUCUUGGUCAGGUUCUGAAGCACAUUAGUGCAGCAGCAUGCACUACUACCAUUCAUGCUGUGCUUGUCUGUGGAUAAAUAAAGACUUCAGUCUCCAUGGCUGUCACUUCCAACACUUUUUCAAAAUUUAGAGAGUGAUUUCCUGCUGUCUGUGGUUUACUCUUUCUACUUUCUUCCCAAUCCUAAAUUAUUUGGGCCAAUAGAUACUUGCAUCCCUGAGAAGAAUAAACUCUAGGGCUUGCACUUCUAGAUGUUUACUUUAAGUUAGUUAAAUUAGUUAAUUAUUGAAAAUCCUAUUCCUUGUAUUGAUUACUUACUCUUGAAAUUGAUACUGUUUACAAAUAUGGGUCAAAUUCUCCCCUGAUUCAUAUCCCAUGCAACCUUACUGAGCUCAGCAGGAUUGCUUUGAAUGUAGCUCAGGGUAUAAUUUAGUCUGUGGUUCAGUAAGAUAUUUUAAACAUCUUUUUUUCAUUAAUACUGUCUAUACCUUAUGUCUUAAAAAACAGACCAUCUCCUGUAAAGGGACACAAGAACCUUUAGUAGCCAACAUCUACAAAGAUUGGGCAUCCAAUUGUAAAGUCAUCUAAAUACCAAUUGCAACAUAAGCAUGUCAUGAAAUUAUAUCAAAAUGUUUACAUUUCAUCUCAGCCAUUGAGGUAUAAGAGCUGAUUUUUUUCAGUAAAUUCUGCUACACUAAGUUGGUAUACAAUAGGCCAAUUAAAAUAGGUUGUUGCCUCCUGAUCAAAUGAGAGACAGUAUAGAAGUAUGGUUCCAGUUAAAACAUAUCACAAGUAUUUUUAUACAGUCUGGAAAAUAUAAUCAAUUAAAUUGAAUUGCGGGUUUGUUCUGUAGUUUGCAUUCAUGGUAAGUUUUUAGGGGCUUUUAUUUUAAAUAUUUUAAAUACUGGAAUUACUUUGGAGAAGUAUUAAUGGAAAUAUUCUAUAUUGCUAGUCAUUAUUCCUUGACAACCUUUUGAGAAAUUUCAGUGUCUUAUUAAAUAUUAAAGUUCAUUCCUAGUUA